CAGGUUCCGGUUGCAGUUUGGUUCACCAUGCGCAAAGAGGAGGGAAGAGAGAGAGGAAGCGCGCUCCUCCUCCUUCUCCUCCUCCGUGUCUUCCCACGACUCAUCCUGAAAAGCCAAGGUAAUUCUCUCCUCACGGCGGAGUCUGUUCGUGAUUUCUCCUCAGACAAGAGGAAAACUGAACUAAAACAGCUGUUCUCUCCCGAUCGCCUACUUUUCCGCCUUCCAUCUCUGAUCUGAGUGAUGUUCUUUUCCUCUUCGCCAAAUAACUUCUUUCCUGGUAUGUUUUCUUCCUGGCAAGCUUUUAGAGAUAGAAACCAAAACGUCGGCUUGAAACUAAACUGCUUUGGGAGACCGCCGCGCGUUUUUGGAUGGAGAAUUUAGAUUUGGUGGUGAGUGAGCUGAAGUCAAGCUGGUUGUGAAGGUGCUGGACUUUUUCCCCCCUUUACCCCAAGCCGGACACAGCAUGGCUGCGGGAGUGGCGGCAUGGCUUCCCUUUGCCCGGGCUGCAGCAAUCGGCUGGAUGCCUGUGGCUAACCUGCCCAUGCCAGUGGCACCUACUGAAAAAAACAAGAAGCAGGAUGAGCUCAUUGUUCUCAAUGUCAGUGGACGACGCUUCCAGACCUGGAAGAACACGCUGGAUCGCUACCCUGACACACUGCUUGGCAGCUCAGAAAAGGAGUUCUUCUACAACGAGGAGACCAAAGAGUACUUCUUUGAUCGAGAUCCUGAUGUUUUCCGCAGCGUGCUCAACUUCUACCGCACAGGCAAGCUCCACUAUCCACGCUAUGAGUGUAUCUUGUCUUAUGACGAAGAGCUGGCUUUCUUUGGCAUUGUACCAGAGAUCAUUGGAGACUGUUGCUAUGAAGAGUACAAGGACAGGAAAAGGGAGAACGCAGAACGUCUGAUGGAUGAUCAAGAGGACAACAAAGAUUCUAAGCUGCCUAACAUGACCUUCAGAGAGACAAUGUGGCGAGCUUUUGAGAAUCCUCAAACUUCCACCAUGGCUCUGGUCUUCUACUAUGUAACUGGCUUCUUCAUUGCUGUCUCAGUCAUGACCAAUGUGGUCGAGACGGUGCCCUGUGGUUCAGUACCCAAUCAGAAGGAAGUGCCGUGUGGCGAGCGCUAUACCGUGGCCUUUUUCUGCAUGGACACGGCUUGCGUUAUGAUCUUCACCGUGGAGUAUCUGAUGCGUUUAUUUGCAGCACCAAACCGUUAUCGCUUUAUGAGAUCCGUUAUGAGCAUUAUUGACGUGGUAGCCAUCUUACCCUACUACAUUGGGCUGGUGAUGACUGACAAUGAGGAUGUGAGCGGCGCUUUUGUGACACUUCGCGUUUUCCGCGUGUUUCGUAUCUUUAAGUUCUCCCGGCACUCGCAGGGCCUGCGAAUUCUGGGCUACACGCUGAAGAGCUGUGCAUCGGAGCUGGGCUUCCUACUCUUCUCCCUUACAAUGGCCAUAAUUAUCUUUGCUACCGUCAUGUUUUACGCUGAGAAGGGUUCAAGCUCCAGCAAAUUCACCAGCAUCCCAGCCUCCUUCUGGUACACCAUCGUUACUAUGACAACACUCGGAUAUGGAGACAUGGUUCCUAAGACAAUUGCAGGGAAGAUCUUUGGGUCAAUUUGCUCUCUGAGUGGAGUGCUGGUAAUUGCCCUCCCAGUCCCUGUCAUCGUCUCCAACUUUAGCCGCAUCUAUCACCAGAACCAGAGAGCUGACAAGCGGCGGGCGCAGAAGGUACAGAAAGCACGUUUGGCCAGGAUAAGACUGACAAAGACCGAAAGCUCGAGUGCCUUCCUUCACAGCAAGCGCAACGGCCUGUUCAACGAAGCUCUGGAGCUCACACAACUUCCAUACAAGAUGAGCCUUUCAGAACAGAGUUCCACCAAGGAGGAGCAACAUUUAGGCAAGUCUUCAUCUCUUUUAGAGAGCCAGCACCACCACCUGCUGCACUGUUUGGAGAAAACCACUAACCAUGAGUUUGUGGAUGAGCAGUAUUAUCAGCAGAGCUACCUGGAGGGGGGGCUGCAAAACUAUCCCCAGCGGAGCCCCUCCCUGUCCAGCCAAGACGGUGUGACAGGGACGUGCUGCAGCCGCCGAAACAAGAAGCACAACACACCUUUACGGAACGCCAGUGGCCCAGCACACAUGCAGCCUUUGACUCACACGCAGACACACAACCGCGGCCUGCAGGAGCUCAGCACCAUCCACAUCCAGCCUCUUAGCACCAGUCGCUCCAGUUUGAACAUGCGCAUAGAUGAGCCAGCCUCUCUGAACUGCCAGAGCAGCCAGAUCACCACAGCAAUCAUCAGCAUUCCCACACCGCCAGUGACAACUCCUGAGGGCGACGCCCACCUGCCCACUGGCCCGAGUCAUCAAAACGUUGUGAAAGUGUCUGCACUUUGAGGACUGGAGUGCCGGGGUCCACACUGAAAGACAGAUUAAGACUAAUUGAGACACAAGAGGACUGAUGGAGAAGGCACUCAGAGACCUGGACAAGCCUAAGCGGAGCCUGCCCCCUAAUGGACAUGUGCUGUAACAACAUUGACUCCCUGUACAUACUAGGGGGGGUGGCUGUUAGGAUCUUCAUGUUAGUUUGGGAUAAGUGUGCACAGUGUGUGAGUGAGACAGUAGAGCAAAAGAGAAGUUAGUCUUUAAAUCCUGGAAGCAAGUGUGUGUGCUUCCAAUUGUGACGGGUGAUUCCCCAAAUAACUCAUGAGUCACUGUGCAAAAAAAAAACACCUUUUUAAUGAUUCCUGCUUCACUUUACCAGGAAGAAGGGAACAUAAGGAAAACUCAAAGGGAAAGAAUAAAAGCUAAUCUUUUGAAAAAUCUUCACCCUGCCCUUUUAUUUGGUAACAUUUUUGCCCACUUUAUUUUUUAGACAAAUUUACCGCCAGUCCAUCUAAUAUAAUUUCAGCUAAGUCACUGAGUGUCUCUGUGAUGACAUUAAGGAUUUGGGACUGAGUGUAUUUGCAUCUUUAUUAGUAGUUUCUAAAAGGAGGUGCAUUUGUGUGUGUGUGUGUGUGUGUGUGUGCGUUUGUCAGCCGAUUGAAAACAUGUUUCAAUUCUUUCUCUAUGGCUUAGAAUAUUUGCCUAGCUGCCACUUUGAGGGGUUCAUCGCACAUGUUUCUGUCCAAAAUUCUCAGCUACAAGGCUUGUAAACAAUAUGUGCCUCUUUUGCCAGCCUAUUAAAAAAAUAUAUUUGUUUUCAUAGACAUACCAUUUUUUUCUCCCUCUUUUCCCUUUUCAACCCCCCUCUGACCUCAGAUGACUCAGUAUAUUUUUAACAAAGGAAUGGAACAUUUAAAAAAAAAGUCAGUUUAAAUCUCAAUGUCCACAAUAAAAAGCACAAGGCAUUUGCUGAGAAUUUCUGACACAAAUCUGCCCUGAGCCUGUGAUCUUUGUGAAUAUUGUUAAUAGAAUAUUUUGUAAUAUUUGACCAUCGUUUGGCAGAACCAGUGAAGCCGUCCUCUUGUUAUAACUCUCCUCUCUGCACCCUUCUUGUUGUUGUCCUGUUGUAUCCUAACCUUCUGUGUAUACAACAGUAUGCUUUCAGUAGUCUUUAUGGCUGUCAGUGUUUUAUCUUCCAAACUCAGCGAACGUUUUUCAGAGUUGUUGGGUAUGUGUACUCUGUGUGGUAAGGAAACUUGGUGUUUGUACUUUCUGUCCUCCUUGUUGUUUCAGGGGAUUUUAUUUUAUUAAUUUUUUUUAAAUUAUUCUUUACUUUCUCUUCUGGAGACUUAAAAAGCAAGGUUUGUUGUUGAGGUGACCACAAGGACUCAAAGGACACUGGAUCCGUGGAUCACCAAAAAAAAACAACAACAAAACCCACCGGUCUGACUGUCCCUCCUAACCACGAAACGAGAAGCACCUAUCACCAAAGUCGACCUUUGUUAGAACUACUGACUAAGAACUGGUGGACAUUUUUAGUCCAAACUGCUGCCGCUCGUAUGGACCUGUAACAUCUAAUCAUUUUGAGGUUGUCUUUAAAUUGAUAAUUGAUUUAUAGAAACAGGAAAGAACGGUUAAGUGGGAGCAGACCAACAACUGUUAACACCUUGGAAGUAAUCUAUUCCAGGAGUGUACACAGAAACAGAGUGUGAGUAUAACUAUCACUGAGCAUACUGUUCUGAAAUGCUAAGGCUCCUGCCUCACUCCACGUGGAUCCUGUGAGUAACAAGCUAAAGCCAAAACUACUAUACAAAAUCGGGGGGGGGGGGGUUUAUCUCCAAUCUCCAUAGUAGUGACCUAGUACUGUCGUUGGUACUGUACACAGUGACGAUUGCCUUCAUCCCCUUAGGUGUUUGGUCAAACUGUGGUCUAAUUUUAAUCAAGUAUAAAAAGAAAAACGCACAGGCAGACAAAGCUCAGUGUAUUUUAAAAGUAAGGUUAACCCUUGUGCUAUCUUAGAUGACCCCACCCUUGCAUUGACGUG